GCAAUAACUCUUUUUUCUUCUUGCAAAUCCAUCUGUUCCCUUUCUUCCUCUCUUGUCUUCUUCUUCUCUUUCUCCUUCAACAAGUUUCCAUUGUACCUAGCUAGUCCUUCCUCGGUUUAAAUUUCCGGUAUCCCAUCGGUUAACCAGAUCCCUAGCAAGCAACCCUUUUACUCUUUGUCAUUAUCCCCGAUCUUUUGUCACCCACAAGAAAAUUGGUACAAACCAAAGAUCAUUGUAAAUUAGGGUUUCAUUCAGUCUCCAGAAGAAAGAUCUUUCAAAACAAGACUAAAAAAUCACCUCAUGAAACGACUAUGAUCACAUCCUUGAUGAUUUGAAGGAAACCAAAGUUCACAACCUAAAAAAACAUUUCCUGAUUAGUAUCUGACUGAUUGACCAGAAUCAAUCAUCAUCACAAUGUAUCAUCCAAGCAUGUUUGAGAGUCACCACAUGUUCGACAUGACCACAAAGAGUACCUCCGAUAACGACUUGGGAAUCACCGGCAGCCGAGAAGAUGAGUUCGAGACCAAGUCAGGCACCGAGGUCACCACCGAGAAUCCUUCUGGUGAAGAGCUUCAAGAUCCUAACCAACGUCCCAACAAAAAGAAGCGUUACCAUCGCCACACGCAGCGCCAAAUCCAAGAGCUAGAAUCGUUCUUUAAAGAAUGUCCUCAUCCAGAUGAUAAGCAACGUAAAGAGUUGAGCCGCGAUCUCUGCUUAGAGCCUCUUCAAGUAAAGUUUUGGUUCCAAAACAAACGCACACAAAUGAAGGCACAACAUGAGAGGCAUGAGAACCAGAUUCUUAAGUCAGACAAUGACAAGCUCAGAGCAGAGAACAACAGAUACAAGGAGGCUCUAAGCAACGCUACAUGCCCUAACUGUGGCGGUCCAGCUGCUAUCGGAGAAAUGUCCUUCGAUGAACAGCAUCUCAGGAUCGAAAAUGUUCGCCUCCGCGAAGAGAUUGAUAGGAUCUCUGCCAUUGCUGCAAAGUACGUUGGGAAGCCAGUAGGAUCUUCAUUCGCUCCACUAGAGAUCCACGCGCCUUCUCGUUCUCUGGAACUUGAAGUUGGGAACUUCGGGAACCAGACGACAGGUUUUGUAGGGGACAUGUAUGGAACAGGUGACAUUCUGAGGUCGGUUUCAAUCCCUUCUGAUACAGACAAGCCUAUGAUCGUCGAGCUAGCGGUUGCAGCUAUGGAAGAACUCGUGAGAAUGGCUCAAGCUGGGGAUCCAUUAUGGGUUUCGACCGGUAACUCGAUGGACCUUCCGAACGAAGAAGAGGAUUUCAGAACGUUUCCAAGAGGAAUCGGACCAAAGCCAUUAGGGUUGAGAACAGAAGCGUCAAGAGAAUCAGCUGUUGUUAUAAUGAAUCACAUCAACCUCGUUGAGAUUCUCAUGGAUGUGAAUCAAUGGUCUUGUGUGUUCUCUGGGAUCGUGUCAAGAGCCUUGACACUUGAAGUUCUGUCGACUGGAGUUGCUGGGAACUACAAUGGUGCAUUGCAAGUGAUGACAGCUGAGUUUCAAGUUCCGUCGCCGCUAGUCCCGACACGUGAGAACUACUUUGUGAGAUACUGUAAACAGCAUAGCGACGGUUCUUGGGCUGUGGUUGAUGUCUCUUUGGACAGCCUUAGGCCGAACCUAAUCUCAAGAACAAGAAGAAGGCCUUCAGGUUGUCUGAUUCAAGAGCUGCCUAAUGGUUAUUCUAAGGUCACAUGGAUAGAGCAUAUGGAGGUGGAUGAUAGAUCGGUUCACACAAUGUAUAAACCGUUGGUUCAUUCCGGUUUAGCUUUCGGAGCCAAACGUUGGGUGUCUACACUCGAACGCCAGUGCGAGCGGCUCGCGAGUUCGAUGGCCAGCAACAUUCCGGCGAGUGAUCUUUCGGUUAUUACGAGUCCAGAAGGGAGGAAGAGCAUGUUGAAGCUGGCUGAGAGGAUGGUGAUGAGUUUCUGCACCGGUGUUGGCGCGUCGACUGCACACGCGUGGACAACAAUGUCGUCGACGGGAUCCGAUGAUGUUCGGGUGAUGACCCGAAAGAGUAUGGAUGAUCCGGGGAGACCUCCGGGUAUUGUUCUUAGCGCUGCGACGUCGUUCUGGAUUCCGGUUGCUCCGAAAAGGGUUUUCGAUUUCCUCCGCGACGAAAAUUCAAGAAGCGAGUGGGAUAUUCUGUCCAAUGGAGGAAUGGUUCAAGAAAUGGCUCAUAUAGCAAACGGUCGUGAACCUGGAAACUGUGUCUCCUUACUCCGAGUCAAUAGCGGGAACUCGAGCCAGAGCAACAUGCUGAUACUACAAGAGAGCUGCACUGAUGCGUCUGGAUCGUACGUGAUUUAUGCGCCGGUGGAUAUAGUGGCGAUGAACGUUGUCCUAAGCGGAGGAGAUCCUGAUUACGUGGCGUUGUUGCCGUCUGGUUUUGCUAUAUUACCGGAUGGUUCUGUCGGAGGAGGAGGAGGAGAUGGGAAUGAUCAGGAAGUGGUUUCUUCUUCUAGUGCUUCGGGAAGCUGUGGUUCACUUUUAACCGUUGCGUUUCAGAUACUUGUCGACUCUGUUCCCACAGCUAAGCUCUCUCUUGGCUCGGUGGCUACGGUUAAUAGUCUCAUCAAAUGUACUGUGGAGAGGAUCAAAGCCGCUCUUGCUUGUGACGUAGGUGGAGGAGCACCGUAAUUUUUCCAGAAGUAAGAAUAAGAGGCCGGACGAGGGAAAGUAGCGGUCACGGUUUCUAGUUUUGUGCGUUUUGAAAAUCCAAAGGAAGUCAAGAACGCACCUUUUUGCGUUUAAUCUUUAUCUCAGAAAGAUGUGAAAGAAAGGGGUAGAGGGGUUCGGGUAUUGACUUCUGAUGGAAACCCACGUUUUAUGUUUGUCUAUUUAAGCAUUUUGCGUUAGUGACACUCUAUGAACACUUUUGAGUUUCUCCCACCAAGUGUAUGUGUUGUUCUUCCUUGUUUUGUUGUGGAACUACUAUGUAUGGAUGAAAUCUUGGUUAUUAGUACUACAUUAAACUCUCU